ACACACAGAGAGAGAGAGAGAGAGAAAGAGAGAAUGGAGCGCGCGCCCACAGCAGAUUGAACGGUUCAAGUGCAUCUUCACUCUCGUGCGCCGUGCGCGCGGCUCUCUCGAAUACCACGCGCCGUGUACAGAAUUUCAAAUUUAAAAUUUUUAACGUCUUUUCAACGGUUUUUAACGGAUUUUUCAUUUACAGUCCCUAUAAAACUAUAUGUAUAUGGAUAAUUUUGUGACCUGAGGUGUCAAAUAUAUACGUUAGAGAUGCAUAAUCCACAAUUCAGACACAAAAUGGAGGAAUGAUUUACGUGUUUCUACAAGUGAACGAUGUGGAUUUGUGCGAGUCUACAGAACGUAAGAAGAGAGCUUCUCGAACAGACGGACAAGCUGUGAUGUAGAGCUAGUAAACUACUGAACUUCAGGGAAUAAACUACCAAACAGUGCAACAUCGAACCUGCGUGAUGGAUAUUAGACUGAAAUAAAUGCUGACGGUGUACUGAUAUGAGAGUGGACUGCUCUACUAAUGGAUAAAGAAGUACAUAGUGCAUUGUAAACGACAGUUUCUCUUUGAUGGAGCUCUAACACACAAGACGCUCAAUGGAGGACCGGGACCGCAGCCGCUCUCCGUCACGCAGGACCAGCAAAGUGGAGCAGGUGGUAGGACGCUGGCUUCGUCGUUCCAGAGAGUCCACCAGCAGAGAGCGUGUGUUGGACGAUGAUGGACGUGGCACUGAUGCCAGUCCUCAGGAACAGAGAAACUGUCCAGUCAGAGUGACUGUUCAGAUCCCGCUGGACCCUGACCUCAAGUCCCACGGCUUCACCGUGUCCACACACACUCCAGCACAGGUGGAGGAGGUCGUCGCAGGGGGUCCUGCAGACGGCAAACUUUUACCUGGUGACCAGCUUGUGAAGAUCAACACCGUCGCUGUCGAUGAUCUGUCUACAGAGCAAGCUGCCGACGUUAUCAAAGAGUGCCAGGACACCGUAACAAUGACAGUCCUCAGAAUAACAGUGGGGCCGAAGUCGUCCUUCAUAACCCCAGAGAAGAGGGCUAAGCUAAAAUCCAACCCGGUUAAGGUGCGCUUCGCCGAGGAAGUGGUCGUUAACGGCCACUCGCAGGGUAACUCUCUGCUCUUCCUGCCCAACGUCCUGAAGGUCUAUUUAGAGAACGGACAGACCAAAGCCUUCAAAUUCGAGCCCAAAACCACUGUUAAGGACAUUGUGAUGACUUUGAAAGAGAAGCUGUCUAUAUCCCGCAUCGAGCACUUCUGUCUGGUGCUCGAGCAGCAGUACAGCAUCGCUAAACUCUUUCUGCUGCAUGACGAGGAGCUGAUUCAAGAAGUGGUCCAGAAGAGAGAGACUCAUGACUACCGGUGUCUGUUUCGUGUCUGCUUCAUGCCUAAAUAUCCACAAGAGCUGCUGGAAGAGGACCCUGUAGCCUUCGAGUAUCUCUACUUACAGUGCGUGAGCGAUGUCCUGCAGGAGAGGUUUGCCGUGGAGAUGAAGUGUAACACGGCGCUCAGACUGGCAGCUCUGCACAUACAGGAGAGACUCGCCAGCACCGGCCAGUCACCCAAAACACCGCUAAAGACCGUCAUGAAGGACUGGGGUAUUGAAAGCUUUGUCUCCAGCACCCUGCUGAAGAACAUGAGAGAGAAGGACUUGAGAAAAGCCAUCAGUUUACACAUGAAGAAGAUCCUUUUACAGGAACACAAGCAUAAGGCGAUGACAGUAAACCAGGCCAGGAUAAACUACCUGAGCGAGAUGUCUGAACUCAAGUCUUACGGGGGAAAAUCCUUUAGUGCCACCAUGAUGCUGCAAGACAGGGAGUCUACGGUGAGCUUGUUGGUGGGGGCGCAGUACGGGGUGAGUCAGGUGAUCAAUCACAAGCUGAGCAUCAUGACCACACUGACGGAGUUCAGCAGCAUCACCAGGGUGGAGCUCGUAACGGAGUCGGAAAGUGUUAGCCUGGUCAAGAUCUACAUGCAGGACAUUAAGCCCAUAACAUUGCUAUUGGAGUCAGUGCCUGCUAAGGAUUUGUCAUGUCUGGUAGCUGGUUAUUGCAAAGUAUUCAUAGAUCCUCAAAUCUGUGUGUUCCCCUGGACGGUCGAAUCAAAGAGCCACCGUAUAUCUGCAGAAGAAGGUUAUGUAUCAAGAUGCUGCAGCGACUCCGAAGACUCAGAAGUGGAUGCUCUGCUUGUUCAUGCUACAAGUCCUACCCAAACUGAUUUACCCAUCAGUUUGGUCAAUAGUCAAGUUGUAGGACAAGAGGAAGAAAAAGCCAUCACAGAAGGAGAGGAGGAUGUAGAAGACAAGAGUGAAAAAGAAAGUGUGGAGAAUGGAGCUGGAGAAACAAAGAAAGUAAGACUAGAGGAGCAGGAGCCUGUUGCAGAAAACGACACGGUGGAAACCAAGACGACUGAACAAGAGCCCAAGGAGGAGGAGCCACCAUGUGUCAUCAUUGUGGAGGACCCACCAUCAGAGGCAUCAGAUUCAUUUCACACAGACUCACGCUUCAUAACCAGCAUGUCCAGCGACUCCAUGGACGCUUUAGAGGAGGAUGACUUUUUGACCUACUUCUCCACUAACUGUGUCAGCCAACUGAAUGUGAGAGACCAUUACCUCCAUGUUGAUACUCAUGCACCAUGUCCGAGUCAACCGGAUUGCCAAGACGGCGAUUUCAAUGAUGAACUGUGUUCCAUUGAUUUCCCUGCCAAUGAUGACGAAUUCUUAUGUCUCGCUGCCUUGUCUAGCAUCGCAGAAUGUCUACCCAGUCCUACUGAGGCCAGUGAGGAUGAAUAUUCAGAACAGGGAGUUGAUGAAGAUGAACAAGAGGCACCAGAGGACGUUUUCGAAAGCAUCGAGCCUCCUCAAGGAGAGUGUGUGUUUACAUUCAACCAGGGUGAUGCACAACAGUACUACAACAUCUGUUCGAAUGUAACGCCCGAUAGCAGUCACGUCCAUGCAAGAACAGCUUCUCCUCACCACACUCACGAAAAAAACAAAGAAGAGGAGGAGAGGGUGACUGAGCCUGUGCCCAUUCUUCUGCCUCCUCCAGGUUUUGGGGACAGUAGCUCAGAUGAUGAGUUCUUUGAUGCCCAGGAGAGAUUCAUUUCUGAGGAACCUUUGUCAGCACCAAUGCCUAAAGAACGUUCUAGAGAUUCAAGUGUCAUGAAGCGUACUCUGAGCCUAAGUAAUAUUGGCAUCAGUGCUGGUGAACGAAAGAAGCGAGAAGGAGAGAGUAAAAAGAGAGAGAGAAAAGAUAAAGAAAAACUAAAGACGGAGACGAGAAAUGAAAUUCCAAGGUUCCGCAAGAGAAGCAGAAAGCGUCGUUCCUACUUGGAAACGGAGCACACCUCUUUAGUAUCAUUUCCUGAAAAAGACCGAACAAAACAUUACAACCAAAUCCCAAAUCACUGGUUGGGACCCGGGCAUCUUAGUGAAAGCCACCUUGAUGGGCUGUCAGAUCAAAGCUCCUGCCCCACAGUCUCAUCUCUAACAAACGCUGAGGGUGAGCCAGCACAAAUGGAAUCAAAACCCAUCACCCCGUCCAAACCGAGUGAGUCUGGAACCUAUCAUCUUCUCCAUGGUAACAAAAUCAGUAAGGCAAGUCAGCGGAAACAGCAGGUUAUAUUGAUGGAACCAGAUUCCAUGGAGUUUAAGUCUGUCACCGAAAUCAUGUCUACUGCCUCGCCUGCUAUUGUAGCAGUACGCACCUCUACAGAGCCUAAAGUAAAAGGCAACGUCACAAGCAGUGCUGAUGGACUUGAAGAAGAAGGUGCGGUAGGAGGUUUUGUUGAAAGGUUGCUUGAUGGUCACUUGUUUUUUGGCACUCCUAGCAGGGAUUAUGGUGAUGAUGCUUUACUUGUGAAAAUAAAUGACCAAGAAUCCCUGAUAGAAGGUCCACCUCAGGAACCUUUGCACAGGAAAAAGAGCUGCUCACUUCCACGAUUAGAUCAAAUACCUGCAUCUAGCUCGCUUUGUUUGACAGUCCCAACCAUAUCCUUCACCCAAAGCCCAGGCAUGGACAGGCUUGAUGUAGAAAGUCUGGAAAUGGGCAUUCAAAAAUGUUCAAUAGAGCCAACAGAGAGAACAAGAAGUCAGAGCAUGUCUGCAGUAUCCGACAGUAGCGGUCUCUUUUGUUUAACGAGGCACCUCUUCCCUCAGACAGAACCUGUAGUCUGCACAAAAGAACCACAUUCUGGUGACGCAGACAGUUCUGGCUAUCCAUUCACGAAAGAACUAUCCUCCACUGUAUCUCCUGGGCCGCUUACCCAGGGAUACGUAUUCGCGCAAUGUUCUUCUGGUAUUCUUGGUCGCCUCUCUGCUUCAACACUGCGGGGAAAGAUCCAGAACUUGCCCCUGUACCUGUCCCGUUCCCAGGAAGUGCUAGCUAGUAACAGUAGUCUUGUAGAUAUUGCCAAACCAGCAAGGAGAUUUUCUGAAGACAUGACCACAACUGAGGUAAAGUCUGAAGAGGUCACGGAGGUGGUUGAAGAGUAUGGGGAAGUAGUUUGCAAUAAUUCUUAUGUGGAAAGAGAACAGAAAGCUGAACCCGAAGAACUAUCUUGGCCUCCAAAGUCACCUUCAAGCCUGAAAUCGGUUGACCCUGUCAAAAUCAGCCCUUCAUCUCUUGUGGUUACUACGCAAAACCUUAAUGGACCAUGGAGUGUGGUGACGUCACAAGAGAUCAGCAGAUUACAAGCAGGAAGCAGGCCUCUUGUGGGUGCACACUCGCAACCUCUCACAAAUUGUGAAUCCAAGCCCACCAACACCCAGCCGCAGGCCCUGCCUUGCCCAAAUCUACAUGUAAAGCCUGACCUUACUUGCAGCUCAAUGCUUGCCUCAGUGUGUGAGACAGUAAUCGAGAGUGCUGAAACACCUAUGGAGGUUUGCGGCUGCCAAUCAGCAUAUACCAACUGCUUCAGCAGUGUCUUGGACAAUGGGAGUUUUGAUGACGAGCUGACUGUCUAUGAGUUCUCCUGCAGGACGCAGCAAAGCAUACGUGACCGGGUAGCGUUGGUGACAUCUAUCCCUCCUUCAUCCCUUUCUGGUUCCUCUUCCUCUUUUUCACCAUCCUCACCCCUCCCAGCUUUCUCUCGUGUGGUCCUGCCACCUUCCUCGUCCACUGAACUUGGCCCCCUUCUGUCACCUCUGGACACCCCGGACUGCUUCCUCUCUGACCCUCAUGGAGAUGCUAUCACCUCCUUACUGGCCCAGCAUUACCCCUUACCACCAACAGGCUUCCUGGCUCUGCAGAGAGAUGUUGACACACUAUUAACUGUCCUAGAUGGAGCUAUGAAGGACCAAGAUUGCAUCCAAGAGCAUCCCAGAGACAAAUGUGCAGACCACUUUUCUGAAAACAAGCGCAGACUGCAUGUGGAGGCACGAGGGUUUCUGGCUGGCUGUCAGCAGGUCGUGAAGGCUGGGCAGACCCCAGCAGAGACGCUGCAAGCCCUAGCGGACAGUUUUCACUCACUGGUGCACCUGACAGCUGUAUGCCUAAGUUUCUCUAGCUGCCAGAGGUGCCAGGAGCGCCACUCUCAAACCUUGUCGGGACUUGCAGAUGUUGCGCAGACCUAUCAGGAGUUUGCACGGGCGGCAGAGCGCUUGGGCAUGGCUACAGAAAGGAGGACAUGCCAUGAGCUCAGCAUUAAACUCCUGGCCCGCCAGUGUACCGCACUCACAGCCUCAGUCUUCUGCCUAACGCAGCUAUUCCGUACACUCACGGCCCUUUGACCUUCGAACAAUAACGUCUUGCAGACGUCUGACUCUAGUGUAAUUCUGCCAAAUCGGAGCUACGUAAGGCAUUUAAAAUAUAAAUAUAUAAAAGCCUAACUAUAGCAACCUAACUAAUGGUGUCCAAAGAUGCUGACCUUUUACUGAUGAGUAUACACACACAACACACAAAAUCAGGGUGACACUGAUUAUGAAUGCACUCACUCACACACACACUGACAAUCACUUGAUUAAAAUGCGGCAUGUGGUAUUAUUACUUCAUCAGCGUUUUUAUUUGAAUGUAUGAAAUUAUUUUCUUAUUCCGUAUCUAUGUACUUUAGUAGGUUUCUUGAAUUCAUUAGUGGCUAUUUUCGGGUAGGAAAGUUUUUUUUUUUUCUUUAUCGUAUGCACAAUGUAGCAGUUAAGCACAAGAACAGGACCUCACCUUGAACUUUUCCUCAUUCCUCUUCCUCCUCUAUCUUUCUGUCUUUCUGUUUCACGCAUAUGCAUAAUUGCCACUAAAUCAAUCUUUAUAAAAAUGUGUGAACUUACUUUUCACACACCUAGCUGCACACUCACCAGAGCAGAAUUAACAAAGGCUCAAUGUUUAGUAGACACUAAUGGUUAUCUGUUAGUGACCAGGAACUAUACUUUGCAUAUUUUGAGCAGGCAUACCAAAAGAUAUGAGUAACUAGGUUGUGCUUUUUUUGUAGAUGAAGACUCAGGUGAGUAGCUUUUUUCAAGAUGGAUUUUGACAACGUUUCAUUAUUAAUAUUUUUUUUAUUACAGACACAUUAUUUAUUAAACUUUAUUUAUAUGGAUAUAUCAUUUCACAAAGUCCAGUCAGAUCCACAGAGAUAUGUUCUUGUUAUACGGUUGGCUUCUCACAUCUGUAAUUAAUUUGUUUCUGUUUCUUUGUGCUUAAUUUUAGUAACUUUAGUUGUCUGACCUCUUUUCUUCUAAAGGCCUGAAUCACAAUUUGGUACGACUUACAACAGGAGCAGGCGAUUUAGCUUUAAUGGUCACCGUCAUACCACACGAGGAUUGUAAUAUUACUUUUUCAUACAGGUGUGUGAUCUAACCUGGAAGCUGCUGUGCACUAUUCUUAUUAGGCAUGCUUCAAACCAUACACAUACUGUACUUUACCAUUUACAACAUGGACUAGGGGACUGCAUGCAGAAACCAAAGCAUGACCUGAUCGAGUGACUGAUGAGCGUCAGUGGCUCAGUCGCUGACCAAUCAAAUGAGGGAAUGAAUGAAUGAAUGUCUAGAUGAUGAAAUGCAAUCUCUUGCUUUGUAAUGCAGUAUUCACUAUUAAAAAGAGUCUCAAAAUGA